CUGCGGGGGCGGAGGGGGGGGGGGUGAUCGUGGAACAAAAUCUUUUUUGCGGUGCCCCUCUAGCUCAGGGCGUUCGCUGCCUCGCUCACAUCGGUGUGUCCGGUCUGGGAGGACGAGCUCUCUUGAAGCACGAAAAUGGGAGUGCAGUUACCAGCUGUUAUUUCUUUGCGUUUUCUUGAGCACCUCUGGAAAACUCCGGGACGCUUUUGCUGGAAAUCUGUGGAGGGUUUCACGCGCUGUCCUUCGAGACCCUCGCUGGCUAAUUAGCAGUUACACGGCCGUAACGUGAAACGAACGAGCCCGUUUCACCUGCUGGCCCCCCUGCCCGACGCAGGGCACAGCAUGUCACAGCUCUGCGUUUGGCAGCCCAUGCUCAGGCAAGUGCGAACUCCCAGCUCGGAGAAGCACGGGCUUCUCCAACUGGUGCCUGGGGACGGCACGGUGGCUCUCUGUGCCAUCACCGGCUGCUGGAUUUGCCCGCUGCAGGACGUGCCAUUGCUCAAACAAUGGUGGUAGAGGGCUUGGCUGCCCCCUAACAUCAGCUUUCUGCUUGUGUGUCUCGAGCGAACGCUUCCUAUCGGUGUGAGUUGAAAAGGCAGUUCCUGCCUUUCUGUUCCCACUUGUAGGGACUCACCUGCAAAAAAAUACUCUCUCCAAAUGCGUUGGAGAGAAGUCUGGCGGGCUUCUCGCUGCGUACAACAUUUGUGAAGGCUUCUCGGUUUCCACCUAAGCGCAGGGGAAGCCUUUGCAGUGGCAAAGCAAACAGUAGAAAUGAAUUGUGAAGUUGCUGUUGGUUAUUACGUGUAUUGCCUCAGAAAUGAAGCAGUUGAUGAGGCGGGGUGAGCUAGAAGUUGGCUUUUCUGCCUGAAGUUAAAAUGCACGCAUUUCCUCAUAAUAAGCCGGUAUCUUUUGAAUCUGAUUUAAAGUAAUGAGCUCGUGGUGGUGUCGGAGAUAGGAGGAGGAUUAGCAAUUUGUGCUGCCAGAUAGGUAUAUUAGAGUGCAUCCUAGGGAAUUCUUCCAUUGUCCAGGCGAGUACUGCAGCAUCUAACGUAGCAGCUGGAGAUCUUCCUCCUUUCGUGACUGCUCCUACUUCCAUUUCAGCUGGUAGUAAAAGCCGCCCACUCCUUUUGGGCAGGAACUGGAUUGGACUGCUAACAAAUGAGGCUAGACUUUGUGCAUACUGAAACCUGACUUUGAUUUUUUUGUGGGGGGCUGAUUUCUUUUUCUCUGAAGCUGAUGCAAAACAAACAACAAGAAACUUGCUAGCCGCAGGUACUUCAGGUUGUGUCUGGAGAUGAAGCAGUCUUAAAGAGCAUUAAAUACAUCUGUAGGUGCUGAUUUAUUAAGAAAUGCGAUUGUAUUCCUUUAUGCACCUGCUGUAUUUUUACGGAAAAGAUGAAAUAAUGCCACUGUUUCCCAGUGUUUUGGUGGAAAUAAUGGUCUAAAUAAUCUAAGCACUCCAGUCCUCUGCCUGAGAGAUGCUGAGGAGUUUAAGGCCAUGCACUAGUAUCAAGGCAGCCCUCAAAUUCGAUACUCUAAAUUUUGUUUUAGCUUCCAUGUAGUGCAACAGAUCUUACGCAAUGUCUAGUUUGAAGGAGUUUGCCAUCAUUUACACAAGCUGCUUUUAUUUUUCCUAUAAAUAAUUCAUAGGGGGAAAAAAAAAAAAAAAGAAUUCUUUCAGGAACUCUGACUUCUUUCACACUGAUGUAAAACACUCCUGGCACGGUUCUUCUCCAAGGGCACAAACACCAGACAGGUGAUCCAAAAUACUUGUGACUCUUUCUGCUUUUAUGUAACAUCCUAAAGUGUAAUCUGUCAAGCAGGGAGAAGGCGGUACUUUGAAAGUGUAAGUAGUUUGCUGGUAAUCUGCUUUUUGUAAGGCAGCGGAGAUACACCUUCUCCCAAGCUCGCUGUGCGCAGGCGGCUCCGGAGGAGCCGGCUCCGGUUGCAGCAGUUCCUUAGCACGCACACGCACCGAUCGGUGCCAGAAACAGCAGCUUCCAGCUCCCAGGUCCAAAGAUCAGGAGCGCAGCGAAGGAGGGAGCAAGGUCCAGUUUAAAUGGAAGCAGGCUGGCGGCACGGACCUUCAGCGUGGGUGAAUCCCCUGCUAAUGAACGGCGUGGAGCAAGUGGAAUCGGCCGAGCCGAGAACAGUGCCGACUUCCUUCAGGGGCCUGGCACUGCACCUUGCCUGCCUCUUCAUUUCUGUCAGCCUCCAGAGCUGUGCCGCCGCGGAGAAGUGCCUGCUUUCUAUAUAUGUUGGGGAAAGGAGGAAAGCGGAAGUUUGACGAGCAUGAAGAUGGGUUGGAAGGCAAAGUGGUGUCUCCUACUGACGGUCCCUCUAAGGUGUCUUACACCUUACAGCGUCAGACUAUCUUCAACAUUUCCCUUAUGAAACUUUAUAACCACAGGCCAUUAACCGAGCCGAGCUUGCAAAAGACAGUUUUAAUUAACAACAUGCUGAGGCGAAUCCAGGAAGAACUCAAACAAGAAGGCAGCUU